AUGACUCCUAAGAAGAAACAACCAACAAUUGGGAGAUUUUUCCAACUGAUCUCAACUCCCCCAGAAUCAUCAGAUGUUUCUAGUGCAUCAACCACACCAAAAAUAUCUGAUAAAAUCCAACAAUUUGCCUUGAAAAGAACCUUUCAACAGCAACAACCGAUAAUAGUCAAACAAGAACCCCCAAGAACUCCACCAAAAAGGAAAGCAACCACCCCUGAUGACAUUCAAUCAAAACCAAAGACAAAGCGGUCCAAAACUUUAACACCACUAGAAAAGCAAAUUAUUGAAUUAACUGAAUCAAAUCCCGAUAAGAUUUUAUUAAUUCAAGUUGGAUAUAAAUAUAAAGUAUUCGGCCCGGAUGCAAGAAAAGUAUCGAAAAUCUUAAAUAUAAUGUAUAUCCCCAAUGGGAAUGAUGAUCCAAAAACAGAUGGACGAUUUUCAUAUUGUUCCUUUCCUGAUUUCAAACUUCAUAUCAAUCUUAAACGAAUUUUACAGCACACUAAUCAUAAGAUAGGAGUAGUUAAACAAUUAGAAUCAACUAUUAUCAAAAGUAUAGAAAAAACUUCAAAAUCAUCUGAAGUAAUGAAAAGGGAGUUGGUGGGAGUAUAUACAUUAGCCACUUAUAUGAAUGAUGAGUUUGCCGGCACGGAGCAGGAUAACAUGGGAGAUGAAAAUGAAAAUCCAGGAUACAUUAUAUGUAUUAAUGAGACCGAAGAAAUAACUUUAGCCAUCGUGGCUGUCCAGCCCAUAACUGGUGAUAUAAUCUAUGACGAGUUCAAGGACGGAGCCAAUAGGCAAGAAUUAGAAACUAGAUUAACAUAUCUCAAACCCAGCGAAGUGUUGGUGGUGAAUAAAUGCCAGGAAACAAGCCCAUCAACUUUAAAAAUACUAAAACUAAUAAACAAUCGUCUUAGAAUUACUCACAUGUCAGAUUCAGAAAGUUUACCUUUACAUCAUCAAUUAGAGAACCAUUUAGAUCCGGAAUUAGUGGCAUACUAUUCAGUCAAUUUUUCAGAAUCGGUGCAAUCAUGCAUAGCACGAUUAAUGACUUAUCUUCAAGAAUUUAAACUUUCUAAUAUCUUUACCAUCCCUUCCAAUAUGACUCCCUUUAAGAAUUCCAAAACUUAUAUGAUUCUCCCGGCAAACACACUAGCGGCUCUUGAGAUUUUUACAAAUUCAACUAAUCCAGAUUCUGAAAUCGGAACCCUUACUUGGCUUCUAAAUCACACUAGAACAAGAUUUGGAGAUAGGCUCUUUAGGAAGUGGAUUUCGAGACCAUUGAUUAAUAAAACCCAGAUUGAAGAUCGAUUAUCGGCUGUUGAGAUACUCACGGGUGAUUAUAAUCAAAUUAUAGACUCUCUCAAGAAUCAAUUACAUAAGAUGGGAAAGAAGAAAAUUGAUCUAGAAGAGUUGUUGAUUAAGGUUCACUAUUCUGCAAGUCAAGAGUACUCCAGAAUUAGUCGAAGAGAUGUCGUAGUGAUGUUGGAUUAUUUUAAAGAUAUAUUGAAGUUAGUUAAACUGUUUGAAAAUGGGAUUAUCGCUUCCAAAAAUAAUAGCAUAAAAUCAUCAAAAUUAUUGAAUGAAAUAUUGAAUGGUUUAUUGGAGUUAGCUAAUGAAGAUGUUGUCACCAGAUUUACAAAUAUGAUUAACCCUUCUUACUUGUUUAAUGAAAGUAAGGAUAUUGAUGAACAAAAGAAAAAGUUCUUCAAUUUAGAUAACUUUGAAUGGGAAGGAAUAUCCCUGGAAAUUCACGAGAUUAAGAGUAUCGAGACUCAACUUGAUCAAGAAUUGGUCAGUAUUAGGAGUAUUUUGAAUAGACCCCAUUUGAAGUUCAUUACUAACAAUAGAGAGCCUUAUCUAAUAGAAGUUAGAAACGGCAAACAAGUUGACGAGUUACCUGCUACAUUUCAAAGAAUCAAUGGAACUACUACGGUAAGUAGAUUUCGAAGCGAGAAAACGUGUAAACUAUACAAAUUGUUGCAGUAUCAUCAAGAAAUGUUACUUAAGAACUGCGAUGAAGCAUAUAAACACUUUAUUGAACAAUUAGAUAAGGAGUAUACAUUUUUCCGAAAAGUCAUUAAACAUCUAGCAACGUUUGAUUGCUUAUUAUCCUUAUCAGCUGCAAGUGUAAUAACAAAGCAAGUCAAACCAAAGCUUGUUGACGAUCUAGUCGUCAACGUUGUUAAAGCUAGAAACCCGAUCAUAGAACAAUUAAAGAACGAUGCGUAUGUACCGAAUGACAUUGACAUACAUUAUGAUCAUAACCGAGUCCUCAUUAUAACUGGUCCAAAUAUGGGUGGGAAAUCAUCAUAUGUUAAACAAGUGGCUCUAUUAGCCAUAAUGACCCAGAUUGGCUGUUACAUCCCUUGCGAAGCAGCCACUAUGGGUAUAUUUGACUCGAUAUUUAUUAGAAUGGGAGCCAGCGAUGACAUCCUCAGGGGACAAUCUACCUUCAUGACAGAAAUGACAGAAUGUAACAAUAUCAUCCAAAAUUUAACUAACAGAUCAUUGGUAAUUUUGGAUGAAAUAGGAAGAGGAACCGGAACGAUUGAUGGGAUUUCUUUGGCCUAUUCGAUUUUGAAAUAUUUAAUAGAAUCGGAUCAUAAGCCUUUAUUGCUAUUCAUUACGCAUUAUCCAUCAAUACACGUUUUGGAACACGAAUAUCCCGGGCAGGUGGUUAAUUAUCAUAUGGGAUUCAAAGAAAUUAAAAAAUCAGGUCAAGAAUUUCCCGAGAUUAUAUUUUUAUACAAUUUAUGUCGGGGAGUCAUCAAUAAUCUGUACGGAUUAAACGUAGCCAAGCUUGCAGGUAUACCCAAUUCGAUAAUAUCCCAAGCAUUCAAGACCAGUGAAGAUAUGAAGAAUAGAAUCGAACUUGGUGAUCAUAUGAAGUUGCUUGAUGAGCUAGUUGUGGCAUUAAGAAAUUCAGAUGAAGGAUUGGGGGAACGUAUAUUUAAGUACAUAGACUAA